AUUUUGCACAUUCAGCCAUCAGACAGGAGAACUCAGAGGAAGUGAGAAGAGUCACCAAAAGAGUCAAAGAACAUAACAACUUCAACAAGUCACUCUCUCCUAAGAUGAAGACCUUCAGUGUUGCAGUUGCAGUUGCCGUCAUGCUCACCUUGAUUUGUAUUCAGGAGAGCUCUGCCACAUUUACUGAGAUACAGGAGCUGGAGGAGGCGGUGAGCAAUGACAAUCCAGCUGUUGAACAUCAGGAGACAUCAGUGGACUCAUGGAUGAUGCCAUAUAACAGACAGAAGCGUGGCAUUAAGUGUCGCUUCUGCUGCGGCUGCUGCACCCCCGGUGUCUGUGGAGUGUGCUGCAGAUUCUGAGGAUUCCUGCUCCAACAACCGUUAAAUGUUCAUUUGUUUGGCUUUUUGUAAAAAUUCAGUUUAGUUAUUCGACUUAGCCACUCUAUAGUUAAUGUGUGUUCAGUGAUGUGACUGUAUCAUCUACAUAUUUUGCCAAAAUCUGCAUAUAUUGU